AUGGCUUCUGUAUACAAAUCGCUGUCGAAAUCAGAGAACUCCGGUUCCAAGGAGGAUGCGCUGUCCACCGGGCCCAAGAACCGUCAAAGAGUUCUGAUCUUGUCGUCGCGCGGUAUCACCUACCGUCACCGCCAUCUUCUCAAUGACCUCUACUCCCUCCUCCCUCACAGUCGCAAAGACGCAAAACUAGACACAAAGACCAAACUCUACCAACUCAACGAACUAGCCGACCUCUACAACUGCAACAACGUCUUCUUCUUCGAAGCCCGCAAAGGCAAGGAUCUCUACAUCUGGAUGAGCAAGCCCCCGAACGGACCCACCGUAAAGUUCCAUCUCCAAAACUUGCACACCAUGGAAGAACUCCACUUUACUGGAAACUGCUUGAAGGGAUCAAGACCUGUAUUGUCCUUCGAUGCCACAUUCGACUCGGCGCCGCAUUUGAAGUUGAUCAAGGAAUUGUUGACCCAGACCUUUGGCGUGCCCAAGGGUGCAAGAAAGACCAAACCCUUCGUCGACCACGUAAUGGCCUUCACAGUCGCCGACAACAAAGUCUGGACCCGCGUCUACCAAAUCAACGAAACCGAAGCCGGCAAAACCUCCGCCAUCCCAGAGCAAGGCCUCCCCAUGCCCUCCGCUACCGAAGUCACAUCGGCAAAGGGCAAGAAGGAUUCAGAGACCAAACUCAACUUGGUAGAGAUUGGUCCCAGAUUCGUCCUCACCCCCAUCAUCAUCCAAGAAGGCAGUUUCGGUGGCCCCAUCAUUUACGAGAACAAGGAGUUUGUUUCUCCCAACCAAGUCAGACGUGAGGUCCGCGUCGCUCGUAGCGCCAAAUACAACAACCGCGCCGAAGCAGUCAUUGAGCGCAAGGCCAAGAAGGGUGACCUCGGCCUUACCACUUCCGGUGGAAAGACAAAGGAGGUCGACGAGCUGGACGAGAAGAUGUUGUUCGCAUAAGGCACGCGGUGAUCGCGGAGAAGCUGGCAAGGAAGCAAGGAGAAAAGAGACUUUCAAAGCAUGCAAUGGCGUUAUUUCGAAUGGGACAACAAAAUGGCGUUUACACUUUGUCGAGAAACUUGUGGAGACUUUGGUAUAUAAGAGAGGUUUUUUUUAGAUUCGAUACCCUUUUCUGGGCAAAGAGCAAAAGAGUGUGCUGUAUGACAGCUCUGUACCACAACCUCCUUGAUGAGUGUUUUUUAGUCUAGUUGGUAAACAGUGAUAUGUGCUGACAAACUGUCUUUCCGAACUCGACUAAACAAGACGUGUCACUUCU